GUCACAAAACAGCAAAGAAGUAUCCGUUUCGGAGCCGAACAAACAGAUUUCGGCUAGCUGUAGUGUGUAUGAAGUACGAGAGGUUACGUAUUUAGCGAUACUUGUAACAUAUUCUCCGCCAUUCAACGGAAUUUACUGCAGAUUUACGUUUGCGGAUUGUUGUCAACCCCGCUUCCAGAAAUGGCAGAAAAUACAGAGCAAAACGAGGCAAAGCAUGAGAGCUCACCAUCCCCUGGGAUGACAGACCAAGAGAAAGAAAUUGCAGCGAGUGCAUAUGAAGCGUUUUUGGCUGGACAGUAUGAUGAAUCUCUCAAACACCUUGAAGCCCUGCAGGAGGUCAACAAAGAGGACUACAAGAUCACCAUGAAUAGGGCUGUUGUUGAAUUUUACAAAAGCGAUCAGACUACCACAGGGAUGCUGAAGCAAACCCUGAUGGCAAUGAAGAACCAGGUUCACACAUCAGCAGAGGAUGUUGAUGGAUUGGAUGACGUUGAAAAUAGUUUGCUGUACUAUAAUCAAGCCAUCAUCCACUAUCAUCUGCGGCAGUACUCUGAGGCCAUCUCAAUAGGAGAGAAGCUCUACCAGUUUCUGGAACCAUUUGAAGAGAAGUUUGCUCAGGCUGUGUGCUUCUUGCUGGUGGAUCUCUACCUACUCACCUUCCAGCCAGAGAAGUCCCUCCAUCUGCUGGCUGUGCUGGAAAAACUUUCUGUACAAGGAAGCAACAAGAACGGCAAAGGGGAGAACAACAGUUCAAACAAAGAGGGAGCCAACCAGAAGGCUGAGUUUGCAGCCGUAAUUGAAGCAGCCAAAUCCAAAAUGCACCAGUACAAAGUGAGAGCCUACAUUCAGAUGAAAUCUUCCAAGGCCUGUAAAAGGGAAAUCAAAUCAGUGAUGAACACAGCGGGAAAUUCUGCACCCUCACUCUUCCUCAAAAGUAACUUUGAGUAUCUGAGAGGAAACUACCGGAAAGCAGUGAAGCUACUGAACAGCUCUAACAUUGCAGAGCAUGCUGGACCCAUCAAGACAGGUGAAUGUGUACGAUGUAUGUUCUGGAACAAUCUGGGCUGCAUACACUUUGCAAUGGGGAAACACAACCUAGGCAUUUUCUACUUCAAGAAGGCGCUGCAAGAAAACGACCACACCUGUGCACAGCUGGGAGAUGGCAACAGUGGGCAAUCGAAAAAAUUCACAGGCAUCCCCAUGUGUGCUUUACUAGCCAACAAACGCUAUGAGCUACUGUAUAACUGUGGUAUUCAGCUGCUGCACAUUGGCAGGCCUCUGGCAGCAUUUGAGUGUCUGAUGGAAGCAGUGCAGGUAUACCACUCCAACCCUAGACUCUGGCUGCGGCUUGCAGAAUGCUGCAUCUCUGCCAACAAAGGGGGGUCAGAGCAAGAAAACAAAGGUUUACCUUGUAAAAAAGGAAUCGUUCAGUCAAUUGUUGGGCAGGGCUACCAUCGCAAGAUCAUUCUGGCAUCCCAGUCUACACAGAAUACUGUCUACAGUGAGGGACAGUCAGCAGCUAUCCCAGUAGCCAGUAUGGAGUUUGCAGCUAUUUGCUUGAGGAAUGCUCUGCUGCUGCUGCCUGAACACCAGCAACAGGACAUCAAGACAGAGAACAGCUCCAAAAGCUCCAGUCAGUCAGGAAGCACUGAGAGCGGAAGCGAGAACAGUGAUGCCUGCAGUGGGAAAGGUCAGGAUGCUGAUAAAUUUCUGUCUGCGGCGCCAUCAUCUCCUCUAAGAAAACAGGAGGUAGAAAACCUCAGGUGCUCCAUCCUGGCCUGUAGUGCCUAUGUGGCGUUGGCGUUGGGAGACAAUCUGAUGGCUCUAAACCAUGCUGAGAAACUACUCCAUCAAACUAAGGUGUCAGGAUCCCUCAAGUUUCUAGGUCACCUAUAUGCUGCUGAAGCCCUGAUCUCUUUGGACAGAAUCUCUGAUGCUAUUGCGCACCUCAACCCAGAGAACGUCAGCGAUGUGUUAAUGGGGAUUCUGACCAGCGACCAAGACCAAGCAGGGUCUGACAAAGGAGAUGAGCCUGUCGAGUCCUCAGGGAAGCAAACUCCCCUGUGUUACCCCAGCAGCGUGACAUCAGCUCGGGCCAUGAUGCUCUUCAACCUGGGUAGUGCUUACUGCUUGAGGAGUGAGUAUGAGAAGGCCCGCAAGUGUCUGCAUCAGGCGGCAUCAAUGGUGAACACCAAGGAGAUUCCACCUGAAGCCAUCCUGCUGGGAGUGUAUCUAGAGCUACAGAAUGGAAACACUCAGCUGGCCCUGCAGAUCAUCAAACGGAACCAGCUGCUGCCUUUGGUAGUCCAGAGGGUCUCCCCAGACUCCGGCAAGAAACCCAUCCAACCCUUUCAGUCUGUCAAUCCCAUCCAGUUGCCCUCAUCCUUCACACAAGUUCAGCGUAAAUGAGCCGCCUCCAACCACCCCUCUCCAUACAGCAGCCACCCUUUCAGAGGCUCGGCGUAUAUGGUGCUGCUUCCCCUCAGCAUCAGAAGGCGUAUGUACUGCAGGUGACUGAUGAGGAGAGAAAAACUCCAGCUGCAGUGGUGUCAGCCACUGAGACUAGCUGGCUUUUUGUUUCAUUUUGAGUAAGGAAUGAGUGUGUUGUCUGAACAAUAAAAAUAAAUUUUAUUUACUGUAUAAAA